UAAAAGUGUUACAAAAUGAAUUAUUUAAAUGAUUAUAUAGCCGAUUAUGCAAGAGUACCAUCCAAUGAAGAUUUACCAAAUACACAAAUGUUAUCGGAUAUAUUUAACACUGAAAGUGUUACCGAGAAUAUGGUACAUGUAAAAUUGAAAUUUCGUCAAUUUACAUCAGCGCUACGACGUAAAAAAGAGAUUUCAUCAACAGUGUUAUCCGAAUCAAAAUUGAUACGAUGUUUAUCAACAUUAGAUUUAACUGCUUUGGGUAUUGGCAGUACUUUGGGCGUUGGUGUUUAUGUUUUGGCUGGUGAAGUAUCAAAAACAACUGCAGGACCAGCCGUUAUUAUAUCGUUUUUAAUUGCUGCAAUUGCAUCUAUAUUUGCUGGUUUAUGUUAUGCCGAAUUUGGAGCUCGUGUACCAAAAGCUGGAUCUGCUUAUGUAUACAGUUAUGUUUGCGUUGGUGAAUUUAUUGCCUUUAUAAUUGGAUGGAAUCUACUUUUAGAAUAUAUUAUAGGUUCGGCUAGUGUCGUAAAAGGUUUAAGCACAUAUACAGAUGCCUUAAUUGGAAAACGUAUGGGAACAUAUUUAAAUGACACAAUACCUAUGAAUGUUGACUAUUUAGCUGAUUAUCCUGAUGUCUUUGCAUUUUUUGUUACAAUAUUAUUUUCAACUGCCUUAGCAUUUGGAGCCAAAGAAUCUUCAUUAUUUAAUAAUAUAUUCACACUUGUUAAUUUAUGUGUUGUCAUUUUUGUCAUCGUUGCCGGUGUUUUUAAAGCACAUCCUUCAAAUUGGACAUUAAAAAAGUCUACUAUUCCUGAUGGAUAUGGAAAAGGUGGAUUUGCACCAUACGGAAUAUCAGGUAUUGUCAAAGGAGCAGCAAAAUGUUUUUAUGGAUUCAUUGGUUUUGAUUGUGUUGCAACUGCAGGUGAAGAAGCUCAAAGCCCUCAAAGAUCAAUACCAAUAGCUGUUGUCAGUUCGUUGCUAGUGGUUUUCUUAGCAUAUUGCGGUGUUUCCACAGUUUUAACAAUGAUGUUACCCUAUUAUCUCCAGGACACAGAUGCUCCAUUACCUCAUGUAUUUGAUUCCGUUGGCUGGACAAUUCCAAAAUAUAUUGUGAGUGUUGGUGCCAUGGCUGGGUUGUGUUCCAGUUUAUUGGGUGCAUUAUAUCCAUUACCACGUAUUAUUUAUGCUAUGUCUUCCGAUGGUUUAUUAUUCCAAUUUAUGGGUAAAAUCCAUCCAAAAUUUAAUACACCUUUGUAUGGUACAUUAGCUGCAGGUGUUUUCACUGGAAUUUUAGCUGCAUUAUUGGAUUUAGAUCGAUUGGUUAGUAUGAUGUCAAUUGGUACGCUGUUAGCCUAUUCUAUGGUAGCUUCAUGUGUGCUCAUUUUAAGGUAUGAAGAAGGAAAAAGUGACAAAAAAGAUGAAGAUUCCAGAGAUCUUACAUUGAUAAAUGUAUUCAAACAAAUGUUUAAUACAAAAUUGAAAAAUCCCACUUCGUUAACUGCACGUCUUGUUAUGAUUCAAGUUGUUGCAUACGUUUUAUGGUGUAUUGGUUUUACAAGUACAAUUGUAUUUUGUGAAAAACAAUUGCAAAACCGCGAAUCAUGGGCUAUAGGAAUGUUAGUGGUAUUUGGAAUUUUACUGUGUGUUACGCUAAUGUCAAUACAAACUCAACCCACAUCAAAUGUUAAAUUAACAUUUUCUGUUCCAUUAGUUCCAUGGUUACCUGGAAUUAGUAUUUUAAUAAAUAUUUAUCUAAUGUUACAAUUAAGUCCAUUAACUUGGAUUCAAUUUACAAUUUGGAUUUUUAUAGGUUUAAUAAUAUACUUUUGCUAUGGAAUAUUUAACAGCAACGAACGUUACACAAAUAUUGCAUCAAUAUCAUCCAAAAAUUGUCUGGUUAAUAAUGAAAAAUCAAGGAAAAUUAGUUAUCAAGACAUUAAAUUAAAUGAAGCAAAUUAUGUACCAAAAAUAGCACAAUUUAGCUAAAAGAUUUUAAUUAUUUUUUUUCCACUUAACUACAGCGGUAUUUGAACUUAAAAAUUUUGUAACAAAUGUUCUGAUUUAAUUAGAACUUACAAUUUGAUGAAUCGCAAUUUUUUGAAGAGCGAAAACUUCAAAUUUCUUAUUUUUCGAGACAUUUAGAGUUUUCGGAAUUUUUCUAGAUAUAAGAAACAUUCCGUUAAUGAACGAGAAAAGAAAAUAAACUUUAAAUAAGUACUUCCAAUUGCCAAAUAAGAUUUGUGAUUUUACAAAAAAAAAACGUUUGAGUAUUAUAAUUUUGUUGGAAAUCAUUAUGUAUUGAUGAUGAUGGUUUGAGUUACUACUUAAAUUGCACCAAAAACUUAUCUAUUUAAUUUAAGAACUUAAUUUAAACUUUACAAAAACUUAAGGUGGUAUAGGCAGUAUCGAGAUUCACAGAUACGAGAUUGUUGAAAUACCAUGUAUAGUCAGUGUUGAUUUCUUUAUCACAUAACAUACAAACAUACAA